AUGGCAGCACCGCUGGGACUCGAGACCAAAGCCCAACGUGGUAUCUUCGUCACGUACAUGGGCCUCUGGGUGGCCUACGGGCUGCUCAAUGAAAUGGCGAAGCGUCAAAGCGUGCGCUUUAAUUCCGCCUCUGCCGUCGUGCUCCAGUCGCUGCUCAAGUUGUUGCUGGCCACGUGCAUGUACAUGACGUCCGACACUCGUGUAACAGAGCCACUGGCCACUCGCUUCUGGUCGAUGAUGGCACAAGUACGUGAGCAUUGCAACCUCCUGCUCCUGUACUUGAUACCGUCGGCGCUCUACGUCGUCUACGACGUGUUGUCGUACGUGAACUUGCGUGCGUUCGAUGCUGCGACGUACUUUCUGCUGCUUCAGUUUCGACUGGUGGUGACGGGCAUCUUGCACCAGAUGAUGUUCAAGAAGCGACUGAACCGAAACCAGUGGGUCUCAUUGGGUGUGACCACCGUGGGUUGUGCCAUCAAGACAUUGGGCUCGCCUGACCUCCUCAGUGGGUCUCCCGACCAGAGCAAUGACGCCACCAGUCCACCUCUCGUGGCCUAUGGACUCUUGAUGGUACAGCUACUCAGUAGCACGUUCGCUGGUGUCUACAAUGAAGUUCUUCUCAAGAAACAAGCAUCGAUUCCCGUAAAUCUGCAAAACGUCUUCAUGUACAUUGACUCGAUCGUCUGCACGCUAGCAAUGCUCGCUCUGGGACUUACGGGGCAGACGGCUCAAGAAGCUCUGACAAUGGCCAACGUUCGCGUGCUGUUUUCACGCCAUGUGCUGCCGAUGGUGCUCAUCAUGUCGUGCAUUGGUGUGGUCACAAGUCUCUUCCUCAAACAUUUGGAUUCCAUCCGCAAGGCGAUUGCCAGUGCACUAGAACUAGUGUUCCUACCGCUGCUCAGUGCUGUGUUUUUCGGUCAAGCAGUCACUUUGUACACUGCAGCUGCCGUGAGUUUCGUCAGCUUUGGCGUCUACAUGUACUCGCUGCCAGUCGAAGCAACAGCUAUGAUCGGACUACCCCAGUACACUGAAGCGGCGUCAUGUGGUCAUGACGGAGAAACGAUCGACGAUGCCAAUGCAGUUGCUAUCAGGAAGGAGGUGCAGCCUGCGUUUUCGAAUGAGAAGCUUGCGUAG